CUACUCCAUUGUAGGCAUCAGUCCGUCGUGUAAUGGCACUACCAUCCCUCCAGACAACGGACAGCGAUGCCAUGAGUGCACAGAAGGUGGAACGUGAGGAAUCUCUGAGCGGGUGCUAUGAAGAGGCCAACCUGCAGAGCCCUGUCAAGUGGGAUGAUGAAUCUUCCUUCAUGUAUGAUGACAUGGAAGAAGAUGAAAAGGACAGAAACAAAAGGCACACAACAUUGCCAAUGGAGGGGAACUACAGGGUGGCCCAAGUGUAUCACGACUUCAGAAUGGAACAAAGUAGCUGGAGAAAGAAGAUGGAAGAAUCAGCGGGCUGGGUGCCCGGGUACCUGGCACAUGACAUGGUGUUCCAGACCUACUAUGUUUCAGCAUACGAGCUGGAAAGGUACAUGUAUGUAAAUGUAUGGUGCACCUACCAGACAGAUGUGGGAAAUAUGAUAAUGUUAAGACUAGAUUCUAUGUUUUCCACAGAGAUCACAGCACAGAGUGAAGCCAAUGAGAUUAAGGAGAACUGGAAGCCGCCUUUCCUGACCAAUGAGGAGUUUUCUCAGCUGAUGUUGGAUGCAACAAAUGGUUUUAUGCUGGCAAUCAACAAGCAGGGCAAGAUCCUUUAUGUCUCUGAAAAUGUCACCUCCUUACUGGGACAUUUGCCGAAUGACCUUGUUGGCAGCACCCUGGGUGACAUGGUUCACGAGAAGGAGAAGGUUCAGACCUGUAACCUCCUGACACACCACACACUGCACCUGGACCAGACCGAGCCAGACUAUGGACAUGACAAGCAUGUGUCCUUCAGCUGCCACUUUGUGCGAGGGAAGAUCGACCCUACCGAGGAGCCGGCUUACGAGUGUAUCAAACUCUCCGGCAGCUUCAGGAGGUCCCUGUCCGGUAAAACCACGUCUACAUGUAAGGUUGAAAAGGACAACCAGAAGACCAAAGGCAGCAUGGCUGUGUCAGGAGGGGAGGAGCUUGUGCUGGUCAUGACAGCUAAGCUGCUGGCUCCACUGUUCCUAAAGGAGAUGUCGGUUGUAGACGAGACCAAGAGAGAGUUCACUUCCCGGCACAGUCUGGAGUGGAAGUUUCUGUUCCUGGAUCACAGAGCACCUCCUAUCAUUGGCUACCUUCCAUUUGAAGUGUUGGGGACAUCUGGCUAUGACUACUACCAUGUGGAUGACCUGGACAGAAUAUCCAUAUGUCAUGAGCAGUUAAUGCAGUGUGGUGAAGGAACCUCCUGCUGUUAUCGCUUCCUAACCAAAGGGCAGCAGUGGAUCUGGCUCCAGACUAGAUACUACAUUACCUACAACCAGUGGAACUCCAAGCCUGAGUUCAUCGUCUGUACCCACACUGUUGUCAGCUACUCUGAGGUGUGCAACAAACUUCGGCAGGAGUUGGGUCUGUCAGACUCUGGAGAAAAUGUAGACAUGUCGGUGAGCUUUGGCACCUUGAAGAGAUCGCUCUCCAACUCCUCACUCGCUGUGUCUGAGAAGUCCAGGAAGUCUCAGAGAUCGUCUGCACCUGACCGGUCACCACAUGGGUCUGCAGAGAUGCACACUGUACAAGUGGGUGAAACCACUCCGGGGAGCGUGCAGGGGGAGGACUUCCCUGACAUCACCAAACAAUACAAGACCCUGAAUGACCUGCUGACCACCAAGACCAGGCCGAUGUCCAGUCAUUCUAGCAGCAGCUCAGUCCAGCAGUCCAGUAACCCUUCCCAGCGUCCCCAGCCCAGCGGCUCGCACCACUCUGCCCCUCAGACCGUCCCGUCCGCCGCCCAGUCCAGCCUGGCCAAGUUCAGCCAGUACCGCGUGGCGGACGAGAUCAGCAGCACGGGCACGCUGACGGAGAACGACGCCAUGACGACCAUGUCAGAGAACGUUUACCAUUCCCCUCCGAGUGAGAUGCCAAUGGGAGCUCUGAUCAGACCGCCCCAGCUCAGGCUACAGGAACAACUGCUCCAGAGACAUCAGGCGCUGCAGGACACCAUCCGGCGGCAGCAGGAGGAGUUACAGCUGCUGCGGCAGCAGAUCCUGAUGCAGUGCCCGAUGGUGACGGACCCCGGGGUGCUGACGGCCAUGUCUGUACAACAGAACAGUCUGCCCUACGCCCCCUCCUCGUCACUCCCCACCCCGGCCAUGCCCUACCCCCCGUCCCAGUCUGCACCCAUGACCAUGGGAGGAACCACUCAGUCCAUGCAGCAGGUCCAGCAGACAUCCCUGCUCACCUCACAGUCCAACAUGGCCAACAUGCCCGGGGGGGUGUUUGUACAGGGGCAGAUGUCGUCCAUCCUGCAAGCCCCUCCCCAGGGGGGUCAGUACGGGGCUGGACAGGUCCACGCCAUGGGCAUCAUACAAGGACAGUUUGUGGCUUCCCAGGGCGUGCAGCCUGGUCCCUCCUCCAGCCUCACCUCGGGAAUGGACAAUAGGUUUGACUUCGGACAGAGUAAAACGUCUGUUGUUGCAAACCCGACCAGUAAAGGCUCCCUGAUGACCACGGCACAGCUGCUGUCACCCCAGGUCCACAUGAUGCCGCCGCCACAGUCCCCCACCGGGGUGGCCGCCCCCGGCCCGCAGAGCACCAAGGGCAACCGGCCGCUCACGGUGGCACAGAGACUGCAGAUGCAGCAGCAGCAGAGGCUGCAGCAGGCAAACCUUCAGUCCCAAGUCCCACCACCACCAUCACAACAACAACAACCACAGUUGGCUGCUGCAAACUUCCCAUACUACAUCCACCAAAUGUACCAGAGGCAAGACUCAGACACACACAGCCAACACUCCCAGUGACAAACCUACAGCCACGCCACAGAUCACGGACAACCAGUCGUGCAAUUUGGUAGACUGCUACUUUACCACAGAAAAGAUGACAGGGACCAACCUUGGAAAGGGCAGUUGUGCAUGGGGAAACCCAACGUUACACAUCAGUACAGUAGUUCUUGUAUGUGGGUUGUUGUACAUGUAUUUUAAGGAUCAAAUAUUCCACUGAAUCAGUGGCACAGGACAGAGUUGGAAAGGAUCUCUGAGUUUAUAUUUUUAGAAUAAAACCAGAGCUCAGGGUAUUGAAGUAAACCUGUUUGCUGACAAUAAAUACAUAUUAUAUAUAUAUAUAUCCAGAUGUGAGACAUGCUGCAUUUGCACUGUUGGCAGAAUUUGAAAGAAGUGAAUGAAAGAGGUGAAACUGUCCACACUGCCUACCAGGCUGUUAUGUGCACAAUACUGUAGUUAAG